AUGAAGCACUGGAGUGGGUUGCCCAGAGAGAUUGUGGGAUCCCUGAGCCCAAAGGCCAGCCUUCAAGACCUGAGUGACGACGACCCAGAGUAUCCAGGGACCCACCCGUCAGGGAUUGAAGGAAGGAAACCAGAUUGCUGCUUACAACUUGGCUUUGAGCAGGUUUUGAAUUUGAAAGUUCCGUAUUUAUCCAGAAGCUUCCUGGCGCCUGGAGAACUUGUGGAGGGACUUCGUGGAAGUUGGGGGACGUCGCCGGGACGAGGAGCUGCCCUGUCACCUCCUUCUCCUUCCCGCGCAGCCCUUGAAGGCAAGAGCCGAGACAUGGCUGAGGGGUGGCCCGACGACAACGGGAAGGGCAGGAAGAGGUGCUCGGCCAGCAUGGACAGCCUGCCCAGCCUCACGUGGCUGACAGAAUUCUCUGUCAAGGACACCCACAUGGCCAGGCCCCCGUGGAUCCCAGACCCCCUCGACCGUCCCAGGGCCCCCAGCUUUGCUGCCCCCUGCUCACCCCUGGCUGCUGACCCGGCAUGCAUGGGCGUGCCCCCCACUCCCUGCCACCCCAUCUCCUCCUCCUCCUCCUCGAGGCCGGUGCAGCACACCAUGGCCACGUGCCCUCAGCUGGCGGAAGACAUGGACUACAAGACCAACCCACACCUCAAGCCGCCGUACUCCUACGCCAGCCUCAUCUGCAUGGCAAUGGAAGCCAGUGGGAAGCCCAAAAUCACCCUCUCUGCCAUCUACCAAUGGAUAAUGGACAACUUCUGCUACUUCCGACAUGCCGAUCCUACCUGGCAGAACUCCAUCAGGCACAACCUCUCCUUGAACAAAUGCUUCAUCAGGGUGCCCCGAGAGAAGGAUGAGCCCGGGAAAGGAGGGUUUUGGAAGAUGGAUCCCCUGUGCACUGACCAGCUCAAGAAAGGUUCCUUCAGAAAGCGGAGGAGGUCCCCAGGGCAGAUCCACCCAGCCUUCACAAAAACGGCCCAUCAAGAACCACAGUGUGAUGCCAGCCCGGCCACUUCAGUUUGCACCCCCACUAACGUCCUCGGGGGCAGCAGAGAGUCGCAGCAGCUGCUGGAGGAGUUGGCAGAAACCCCCAGCAGCCAGACCUGGGAUCCGUCUGAGGGCCAAGCAGGGCAGAGGCACCAGCAGCUCUCACCCAACCGACCGGCCAAGGUGGCUCGGCUUUCUAACUCUGCCUUGCUGACCCAGGAAGAACAGGAGGAGCUGGGAUCCUUGAAAGGUGACUUGGACUGGGAAGGCAUCUUCGACACCAACCUGAAUGCAGACUUGCCCACUUUUGAGGAUCUGGACCUCCUGUCUCCAACCAACCCCACCGUGCAUGACCUGGACUUGACAGUCCCUGGGCAGCACACCGAGGGUCCCCAGGGGCAGGAGCAGGUCCAGACUGAAUCCCACCAGAAAAGCCUGGGGUGGGAUGAAACCUUCAUGGCUGCUGCUUUCCUGCAGAAUCCCUGGGACGAAGGGACAAACGAUUGCCUCAACAACACUGUCAACAUGGAGGAGGUGUUUGAAUGGAAUGACACUCCUUUGCCAGAGGCAGGAAAAGGAAAAGGUCUAUAA